ACGUGCCGAAGACCGCAUCGCCUUGGGCACCCCGCGACUCGCUCUUCCCGCCUCUCCUCGGAAGCCAAGCCCCACCACAAAGGGGUCGGUCCUUCAGACAAUAAAGAGGCGCUCCUCCCCAAACAAGGGGCGCUCGCUGCUUCUCCCAGCAGCCCUGGAAGGGGAUGCCCAGUGGUCCGCGACGUCCCUUCGGGCAACUCCACACGACUGCCCGCCCUUUUCAGGAGGUUCAACUCCUCCCCUUGUUCAUUAGAGUGCGUGAGGGGGGCGGGGGGAGCGGGGAGUAUCUCCCUGCAAGAAAGCCGAGCGAAACAGAGGGCGAAAGGCGAGGGGGACGCCUGGCGUUAGGCUGGCUGCAGGCAUCAGACACCAGAUGAUGAGCAACCAGUGAGAAUCAACUCUGCAUCUAGAAGUAGUGAAUUAUCAGAUGUGAAACGGAAAGGCUGUGGUGUCUGCACUGUAUUCUUCAACUCCUAGUUGAAUCACUUUCACUUCAGCUAAGAUGGCACCAGUAGUUGGAGGUCCUGUGGGAUAUACCCCGCCAGAAGGAGGAUGGGGCUGGGCAGUAGUUGUUGGCGCCUUCAUCUCCAUUGGCUUUUCCUAUGCAUUCCCCAAAUCCAUUACAGUGUUCUUUAAAGAGAUAGAGAUCAUCUUUGAUGCCUCUAGCAGCAAAGUCUCUUGGAUCUCUUCCAUUAUGCUGGCAGUUAUGUAUGGAGGAGGUCCCAUCAGCAGCAUCCUGGUGAAUAAAUAUGGCAGCCGGCCAGUCAUGAUUGCAGGGGGCUGUCUGUCAGGGUGUGGUUUGAUUGCAGCCUCUUUCUGUAAUACUGUGGAGGAGCUUUACUUUUGCGUUGGGGUUGUAGGAGGUCUUGGACUCGCAUUUAAUUUAAAUCCAGCUUUGACCAUGAUUGGCAAGUAUUUCUACAAGAAACGUCCAUUGGCUAAUGGUUUAGCUAUGGCAGGCAGCCCUGUGUUCUUGUCUACACUGGCUCCUUUGAACCAAUAUUUUUAUGGAAUUUUUGGUUGGAGAGGAAGCUUCCUAAUUCUUGGGGGCCUGUUGCUGAACUGUUGUGUUGCUGGGUCUCUGAUGCGACCAAUAGGUCCCAAGCCAGACCAGCUGAAGAAAGAAGUUAAUAAGGAAGCAUUGCAAGAAACUGGGAAAGUAGUGAGGAAAGAAGAAGGAGCAGGAGAUGUCAGUGCAGACCUCAUUGCUGGGAAGACUAAGAAGGAGAAAUCCACAGCCCUCCAGACUAUUAACAAAUUCUUGGAUUUGUCUCUUUUCACACAUCGUGGCUUCUUACUUUACCUGUUUGGCAACGUGGUCAUGUUUUUUGGACUGUUCACUCCAUUAGUCUUUCUCAGUAACUAUGGAAAAAGCAUGCAUUUUUCUAAAGAAUCUUCUGCCUUCCUAUUGUCAAUUUUGGCCUUUGUAGAUAUGGUUGCAAGGCCAUCUAUGGGCUUAGUAGCAAAUACCAAGUGGGUGAGACCCAGAGUCCAGUAUUUUUUUGCUGUGUCCGUAAUCUAUAAUGGAGUGUGUCACCUUCUGGCUCCUUUGUCAACCAGCUAUGCCGGCUUCUGUGUCUAUGCUGGCUUCUUUGGAUUUGCAUUUGGCUGGCUCAGCUCUGUCUUGUUUGAAACACUGAUGGAUUUAGUUGGUUCUCAACGGUUCUCCAGUGCUGUUGGUUUGGUGACUAUCGUGGAAUGUUGCCCUGUGCUUUUGGGACCACCUCUCCUAGGUAAACUCAACGACGUGUACGGUGACUACAAAUAUACCUAUUGGGCAUGCGGCAUUAUCCUGAUUGUCUCUGGAAUCUUCCUGUUUAUUGGGAUGGGCAUCAACUAUCGGCUGUUGGCAAAAGAGCAGAAGGCUGAUAAUAAGCAGAAGGCUGAGGGGAAAGAAGAAGAAACUAAUGUUGAUGAAGCUGAAAAACAAAAGGAGCCUAGCAAUGAUGUGGCAAAUCUGCCUCCAAAAACCACAGAAGAUGGUAUAAAAGAGGAAGAUAGCCAUAUGUGAGGAACUGGUAUCUUAAAUCUAGGAGGGUAUAACUUUUGUCAGCAUGGGUGGGGAAAACACUGCUGGUAGUGAACAGUGGUGAAAGGUUCGUAAAUCAGGUGAUCUUAAAAUAUACACAUACAUGAAGCUGCAAAAUAUCUUUUUUUUUUUUU